CUGCAGCUCCGAUGUAGCGUCAGUCAGCUAGUAACACGUUUGCUAAGUGAGUCAGCCUGGAUGUUUGGUCCUUUUUAAUGACAUUUUUCUCUCGGUUGGAGUUAAUUUCCUUAUUAAAAUGACGACUUAGCGUAGCAACAAUCCCACCUGAGCCUCCAAUGCGUCGUUUCAACAUUUCUAUGCAUAUUUUAUGAUUAUUUUUGGCGUGGACAUCACCUCUGCCAGUAGACACGCUCCUCUGCUUGGAGACCCUGUGUGAGCUUCUAGUGCCAACCUCUGGGAGGUGGGAUGGAUCCUCUGGGCGCUCGCUCUCAGUUUGUGGAUAUCCAGACUCUUCCAGUGUGGCAGCAGCAGCUGAGUGAAGACACCAAGGAGACGCAGGUGCUCCAGAGCGACGGGCUGCUCAGCCAGCAGGCCUUUACUUCCCCCUUCCCCUUCAGACCGGACAUCAACCGCAAGAUCAUCCUCUUUCCCGGUGACAUUGCCCUGCUGAACUGCACUGCCAUUGUGAACACCAGCAACGAAUCGCUAAACGACAAAAAUCCAGUGUCUGACAACAUCCACAGGCUUGCUGGGCCCGAGCUGCGGGAAGAGCUGGUGAAACUCAAAGGAUGUCGGACAGGGGAGGCCAAGCUGACCAAAGGCUUUAACCUGGCGGCAAGAUUCAUCAUCCACACAGUUGGACCCAAAUACAAAGCCAAAUACAGGACUGCAGCAGAGAGCUCGCUAUACAGCUGCUACAGGAACGUCAUGCAGCUGGCAGCAGAACAGUCGAUGGCAUCUGUCGGCUUCUGUGUGGUGACUAUGGCCAAAAGAGGGUAUCCACUGGAGGACGCUGCACACAUCGCUUUCAGAACAGUGCGCCGGUUCUUGGAGAAUCAUGGAAACAGCAUUGAUACACUGGUGUUCGCAGUGUCAGACACAGAGGAGUCUGUGUACAAGAAGCUACUCCCGCUGUACUACCCUCGCUCCGAGGAAGAGGAGAAGGCCUGCCUUCCUCUCAUCCCAGCUGACAUUGGCAACUCAGAGGGAGAACCUGUGGUUCCAGAGAGACAGAUCCGCAUCGCAGAGAAACCGGGCAGCCUGGAAGAUGAGUGUGAAGAGGAGAGCCUGGAACUUGAUUUGGGCCAGGUGGGGAAUCACGCCUUUGCUCGGAUGGAGGAUGAUGUGGACAAACAAAGGAAGCUGAUCCUACAGGGCCAGAUGUCUGAGGCAGCGAUGCAGAAACAGCACCAGAGAAACUACAGCCGCUGGCUGUGUCGAGCGAGAGCGGAGGAUCUGUCAGACAUUGCUGCACUGAAAGCUUUAUAUCAGACUGGUGUGGAUUUAUGCGGCAGAACGGUGAUGGUUGUGGUUGGACGAAACAUCCCAGUGACCCUCAUUGAUAUUGAGAAGGCGUUGUUGUAUUUCAUCCAUGUGAUGGAUCACAUCACAGUGAAGGAGUAUGUGAUUGUUUACUUCCACACGCUGACUGGAGAACACAACCAUCUGGACUCAGACUUCCUCAAAAACCUCUUCGACAUCGUGGACAUCAAGUAUAAAAAGAAUCUGAAGGCCUUUUAUUUUGUACAUCCAACGUUUCGCUCAAAGGUCUCCACUUGGUUCUUCACCACCUUCAGCGUGUCUGGCUUGAAGGAGAAGGUUCUCUACUUGCACAACCUGCAGCAGCUCUUCACCUGCAUCAAGCCCGAGCAGAUCGACAUUCCUCCGUUCGUCCUGGAGUACGACGCACGGGUGAAUAGACCCAACGUGGCUUCUGGUCUGUGACAGGAGAACGACUGGACCUCUUCGCUAGGCCGACGCCGUAUAUUCAGUCCGUUAGGUGGAAGUCAUUAAUGGACAUCAAGCUGCCUGAGCGGUCUGAACUCAUGAACUCCAUCGGGCUCAGAACAGCAGGGGGUAAAUCUCGCUGUUGAUGUGUUCCAGAGGAGUCUCAGGUCAGAAUUAUCAUAAUGAGGUACUGUCUGUCAGUCUGACUUUAUGGAUUAUUCCUUUACAGAAAGAGUCGUUUUUUUAUGUAUUUUCUUCGAAGCGAAUAAAAAGUCACGUGUCAAAACCUUUAGAUCACCAUCAAAUCCCAGAAACGUCAACCUAGUACAUCACUAUAACAACCAGAGGAGCUUAUUCUGUGGGACAGAAUAUAAAAUAAGUUGGGACAAUAACUUGUCAUCACAUCUUCAUCACUCAUUUACAUAUAUGUUCCAGGUUAAAUCCAGGACAUGAUGUCUUUCAUAUAUUGGUGUAUGUGCUGACAAUGUUUUGAACGGGUUGCUGCUGUUACAGUUAGAAGUCCUGUUGGCUUUAAAAACCUUCUUUGUUUCCCUUUUGGCUUCAUGAUUCAACUGAAAGCUCAGGAAAUGUGUGGAUCUGUCAGCAUUUAGAAUGAAAUGAGUCAAUAAACAUACAUUUACUCUGCAAGGUUUUCUUUCAGCUGACUUUAUGAGUUAUUCACUUUGCAAGAGUUUCAGUUAAUAGGUUUUCAUGUAUUAUCAUGUCAGUGAACACACUGAAAAAAACAAAUUUAGUUGGCCAUUUUGCAGAAACUGGUAACGUGCAUGUUUUACUAUUUUUUUUAAAAUCUGAAGCCCUAAAAAAUCCAAAAGUCUACGAGACAUUGUGUGGUAACGAAGAAAUUUUAAACAUAUCUACACAUAAAAGUUAAAGUAAGUAGUUGUCAUUCCAUAGAUUAUCCCACAGGUUUAUAGUCGAUUUCCUGCUGGAAGAUGAACAGCCACUGUGGUUUCCUGUGUUUUGCAGCCACUAACGGGUUUUUCGCCCAGCAUUACCUUGUUUUUAAUCCAUUCAUCUGCUUAAGUGACCAGCUUGUCUGUCCCUACUGAAGAAAUGAAUAUCCACGGCAUGAUGCUGCCACCACCAUGUUUCUCCAUGGGGUUGGUGUGUUCAGUGUUAGUUUUCCACUUCACAUAGCAUUUAGCAUGAAGGCCAAAUAGGUGGACUUUGGGUCUGACCAGAGCAAGAAUUACAAGAUUGUCCCCGAACAUGCAUCAUGUUUUUACACCGCCAGGGGUUAACAUUUUAGAUGAGGGAAAACUGAGACAGAUUCUCCUGUAUUCUGUGUUGUAAAUACUGUUAUAUAUCUUAGAAAAUGAAUUAGGUUUGUAAAAGAAAUCCCAUAAAUCUGCCUAUUUAUUAAAAACAAAUUUUAUUUUCGUCUAAAUCGGCAACUUUAUAUUCAGAAUUUCAACUUUCUCUCUUGAUUUAGCCAUCAUCCACAGUCAGUCUUAUUUUUUUCCCAGUUGUUUCAUGAAGUCUAAAAUUUGUCUCGUAACAAUCAUUUCUCUUAUCCUCUCAAUAAUUAGAACCAGUUCUCUUUUUUAAAUUAUAAAACCGUUGUGGUUCCAAGUUUUGGUCCCUUUGGUGAAACUUAAGGAGAUAGUUCAGAUUUUCAGAACUGAGGGUUUGUGAAGAUAUCACCAGUAAUAGUUUACUUAGAGAAAGAUGCUGUUUCAGUGUUUGGAGUAAAGUGAUUAAAUCACAAGGUAGUGGAAGCUAACAGCUAGAAGAACUGAUCAGCUGUUUUAGCUCCUUUCAUUCGUUUAAAACAAACUGAAAAUGUUUGUUUUCAUGGGACAUGAUGCUCUAUGAGCACAUAUUUCAUUUCUACACUUUCACAAGACACCAUUGUUAGGUUUUUACAUUUUUUACGCUAAACUGUUACUACAUGAAAUUGCAACUGUUACAGUCCGUCUGACUGAGUCCUCUGGGACAGUCUCUAAACAACUGACACCUGGAAAAGCAGAGGAACCUACCGUCCUCUCUUAGUGGACGGACGAACACAGCUGAUAGGACGGAUUGAUAUGCUGCUGAGGCUGCCGGCUAAAAGUUCAACGUAGGAAUCGUUAGGGAUAACUACUGAUAAUAACUUCACAAAACCUCAUGUAAAAAAAAAAAUCAAAACUAUCCCUUUUAAUAUCAUUACAUUGCUACACUUGGCUUAAAAAAGUUUUUUUUUUUUUUCAAACAUAUCUAUGUCAUGAUGUUCAUUUUAACUGUAGUUACCAGACCUCCAGUCAGUCCAGUGGAAACAUUUGGUGUGAGCUUUCAGUCUUGGUGCAGCAGAGCCUUCCCCUCUGUAGUAAUACUUUCACAGUAAAUGCUGUCUGUCGGACUAGCGGCUGACACUGCGAGCAGAUUUCACCUGCGUGUUGUCAUGUCUUCACCCUCCAUCGCUGCCAUGGUCACCAUCUACAGGUUUUCGUUUCAGCUCCAUGGAAAGUCACAGAGCUCCUCUCAGGGUAAUGCUUCAUUUCUGCAAACGUCCUGAUUUUAGUACGGAUGAAACUCAGAAUCUCUGACUCGGAUAUUAGGCCACAUUUUCACUAUAAAAUAGAGAAGCUUUAGUUGCAAUUCUCAUUUUAUUUCAGAGAUUCAUCAGAGAGAAAAGUGCCAACUCACUCAUUUAAGAACCCAAGUUUUACAAUAAAAACAUAAAGCAUUCUAGUUAGAGUGAAUCAUUAUUGAAAUUCCAAAUAUUAUUUGUUCAUUUGUGGAAAAAAAUAUUGACUCUGCUGAGAUUAUUAUGAAGAACUGCAGGUGUUGGACAAAUUCUGUAGUCCCUACAAAUGAAGGUCCAUUUACAAGCAUGGACUUCAGAAACCGUUGUGAUCAUCUCAGAAUGUAUUUAACUGAGCCAAAUUAUGACUUCAUGGAAAUGUAUCUUCUGGUUUAUAAAUAUAUUAUAAAUAUAUUUGUAAUUUCACUGUUAUAGAUUCAGGCUAAAGGCUUUCAGGGUCUGAAUGUAUUGUCUUCUGUUUGGAUCUUUUGUUUAUGUUUUGAUUAAAAUGUUUGUCUUUCAUUAAA